CUGACAAGUCAAUUCAGAAAUGGAGACAAUGUAGUUGAUAUAUCAAUCACCCACUCUGACUGCUCAGUCCCUGGUAGUAUCAGACUUGAGUUCCCUUACCGGGAGCCUCCUACUCUUCCUCCUACGUCACCUCCUUCCACUACAACCCCUUCUCCUCCUCCCUCUGCUUCUACUCCAACACUGCCACCUUCACCGCCACCGGUUUUUUGUAGCUUAAACCGACAGGAGGGUAACGUAGUCUUCAACUGCUCCAGCCACUCGUCUUCCUCUUUCAUCACUAUGAUUUCUGCUUUUGUCAAUGGUGUACCAGUUACCUCUACGAUUGGACGUGUGCUGAGGAUCAGUGAGCUGCAGCUGAGGGAAGGAAUAAAUGAGGUCAUGUUGACCGUCGUGAGAUCAGAUGGGACAUCGCAAGUUAUCAACUACAGUGUCAACAUCGAAAGAGAAGCAGUUACACUACCACCUGUAGUUUGUGAGGUGAACUGUUCUUAUCAGUUGGUCGGAAAUGAGUUUGUUUUCACCUGUGCGGUAUCUGGUGACUCUGCAAAUCUACUGUCAAUCAGCUAUUCUUUGAAUGAGCAGACCCCACUUGUGAGUACUAGCAGUUCAUUCAGCAUCCCACAAACCCAGUUCCUGACUGGAGAUAACACACUGACCCUGACAAUCCUGAUCACCUGCAAUGGGAACCUCAGAACGUUUCAGAGAGAUCUUCGAGUAUCAAUUCGACCUCCUCCGCCACCCGUUACUCUCCCGCCGAGUCUCGAAGCAUUUAGUGCCCGACUCUCAGGGAUUUCCCCAUCUAAUUACGCCACUCUGGUGCCCAGUUUUCCUCUCUCGGCAACGUUCACGGUGGACGAGGCAGGAGAAUAUCUG